AUGCGGCUCUUCAACGACUUACAAGAGUACGAGCGCUCAAGCCCAUGGCCUGAGAGGAGCCCUAUCCUCAUUCAGUUGAAGCAUGGCAUCAACUUAAAGCUUGACGUUCCCAACUUUGGGGUCACAGCAAGCAGUGAUGAUAGUGAUGACUCCAAGGCGUCCUUGACCCGCGUCCUCCUUGCCCACUCGGCGUUCAAGACCGCCAUGGACCCAGGAGUGGCACCCAACGAUAGCUUCUUCAAGAGGUGUGUCGCCGAGGUCAAAGCCGUCAGCCUCUUCUUUCCCGACAUCAGGGUGGAGGGACUCCGUAUUGCCUUCACGGCAUGGCUCGCGUUUGCGUGUGCCAUGGACGACAUUCUAGAGAUCCUGGAGCUGGGGGAUCGGGAGCUUGUUUUGUGUGAGACCAUUGAGGUGUUGACACACGCCCCAGCCAACCCUCCGCAAAGGCUCCAAUCACAAGCAUCCGAGGCAAAGGACAAGCGAGUCCAAGCACUGGGGAGAGAACUCUUUGGCCACUGCGGUCGCUACCUCUCACCAAAGAGCAACCAGGCAUUCUUCAAAGCCGUCUGCGGGGUGUUGAGAGCCCAUGUGGCAGAAGUUCACUUCCUCCAGGGCCGGCACGAUGACAGUUUCCCAGAGUAUCUGAGCAUCCGCAGUCGUACCAUCGCGCUCCAGCCUUUCUUUGAGGUCCUCAAAACCGAGUUUCUGGCGCCGGCCGAUUGGAAGUUCAACGAUACCUGGCUGAAACUGCAAAACGAGGUUUCACGAGUGGCUGGGCUGCAAAACGACCUCAUCGGCCUCAUGCGGGACAUCGACGAUGGCGAGGAACUCAACGCGGUCAUGGUCCUGAUGCGCGGUUUUCGAGGCCACAAGAAGGGUCACAUUGAUUACAACGUCUUGUCAAGGUGUGUCGCCCUGGUCAAUGCCGAGCACAACCAAAGCGCCUCCCGGUGCUUUGACUACAUGAGGCAGCUCCAUCGAGAGGCCGAAGCUAUGGAGGGUUCCGAGAUCAAGAGGGUGGAACUGGUUGCGCGGAAUAUUAUCAUCAUGUGCGAGACACAUUUGAGAUGGUGCUCCUCGGCCAAGCGGUACCGGCUGGAAAUUGGGGUCAACGGGAUCAUUCCAACUCCAUGUGCAUCGGAAUCCAGCGCGCUAUCAUCGCCAGUUUUCGAACGACCGCCUGUGGUUCAACUACCCCAACUUCGACCCGUGCGGGAUGCACCAGCGCCUGCAGACGACUCGGAUCUAGUUGUUCGCUCUGACGGCAUCUUCCACGGACUCCCAUCCUUUCCAGACACUCCGGACUGCCGCAACAUGACAGCCCUUGUCACAGGAGCCACUGGGCUGUCCGGAUACAACAUGGUGAAAGUGCUGGCCGCAUCACCCCAACGCUGGAGCAAGAUCUACUGCCUCAGCUCUCGACCACCUCCCCAGAACUUCUUCAAAGACCUUGGUGAGGGUGCUAGCCGCGUCGAGCACUUGGCCAUUGACUUUCUGGCCGACCCCUCUGAAAUCGCUCGACGUCUGAGGGAAGCAGUUGAGCAAGUGGACCACGUUUUCUACUUUUCUUACAUGCAGCCUGCGCCCAAGGGGGACGUUUUGGAUCUGUGGGCCAAUGCCGACGAGCUGGCUACUGUAAAUGUGGCGCUCUUCAAUAACUUCGUCUUUGCCUUGCAACAAACCGCGCUCAAGCCGCGCCGCUUUAUGUUGCAGACCGGCUCCAAGCACUACGCCUUCUACCUCGGGCCUGCACUCCUUCCAGCCUUCGAGUCAGACCCGCGCGUCCUACUGGCCCGCAACUUCUACUACGAGCAGGAAGACACCCUCUCGGCGUACUGCGAAUCCGUGGGCGCGGCAUGGAACAUAGCCCGCCCCUCAUACAUUGUUGGCGCCGUCCGCGACGGGACGCUGAACCACCUUAUCGGGUUCGGCAUCUACGCAGCUGUGCAGGCACGGCUCGGCCAGCCCAUCGCCUUUCCGGGCGACUACAGAUCUUGGGACCGAGAGCAGGUCCAGAGCACGGGCAUGUUGAAUGCCUACUUUGAGGAGUGGCUUGUUUUGACUGGCAAGACCGCCAACGAGGCGUUCAACAUCCACGACGGCCUCUCCUUUACCUGGGGCCGACUCUGGCCCUAUUUGGCGCAGUGGUACGGAGCAGCCUGGACUCCGCCGGAGGUGGAUGAGGACCAGUAUCGGGUUAUGAACCUGCCCUCUCCCAAGACCCCACGAGGGUACGGCCCGCAAACCACCCUCCGCUCCACCUUCAGCCUACUGGAGUGGUCACUCCAGCCGCAUGUCGAGGCGGCCUGGAAGGAACUGGCGGGGCAGCACAACCUGGUGCUGAACCCCUUCGACGACCACUACCGUGCCCGCAUCUUCUCCUUCUCCGACUCGGCCGUCAUCGGCGACGCUCCCAUGACCACGAGCGUGCGCAAGGCGCGCGAGGCGGGCUUCUUUGGCACGGUGGACUCGUACCAUUCCAUCUUCAACUCGUUCCGUGAUCUGGCCAAGUUGAAGCUCAUCCCGGCUCCGGCUGUGGACGACUUUGUGGCUUAA